AUGCCAGGUACCCUGCACACCAAAGAACCUCUAGUGGUUACCAAAUAUGGGACCCUCCAAGGAAAAUAGAUGCAUGGGAAGACACCCAUCAAUGUCUUCCUAGGAAUCUCCUUCUCCAGACCUCCUGUGGGUGCCUGCAGGUUCACUGCCCCAGGCCCCCCAGAAUCCUGGGGAGGAAUCAGAAAUGCCACCACCUAUGAGGUUUCAGGAGGCCUGGGGCGGAUCGCCUCCAUGUAUCCCAACACGCGAAAACAAUACAAGUGGCUGAGCUUCAGCGAGGACGGUCUGUACCUGACCGUGUACCGCCAGCGCGCGCCUGGGGACGCUCUGCUUCGGCUGAGUAUUCAUCUUCACGCGCGCCGCCCGGCUCAGCCACUCCACCGCCCCGCUCAGGCCUCGGCUUUCCGCGCCCGGGUGAUGGUCUGCUUCCCAGGAGGCCCCUUCCUCGUGGGCUCCGCUUCCACGUACUAUGCGUCUGAACUGGCCGCCCGCGAGAAAGCGGUGCUUGUGCUGCGGCAGCAUAGGCUCGGCAUCCUGGCCUUCCUGAGCGCGGGCGACAGGCAGGCCCGCGGGAACUGGGUGCUGCUGGACCAGGUAGCGGCUCAGCGCUGGGUACAAAAAAAAAACAUCGCAGCCUUCGGUGGAGACCCAGACUGCGUAACCCUGUUUGGCCAGUCUUCGUGGGCCAUGUGUAUCUCGGGACUGUGGAAGGAGCAGGGUGGGACGUUAGCCCCCCACGUUCUGUUCCAAAUGUCACAUCAUAUUCCGACCCCCGGCCAUUCCACAGUUGAGGAGAAGGCGCUGAGCCUCCAGAUGAUGAAAUACGGGGCCGACUUUGCCCAUACAGGAAACCCCAAUGUUGGGAAGCUGACCUACCGGCCACAAUACAAGGAGGAGAAGUACCUGUGGAUGGAUUUCACCACGAGGGUGGGUGUGAAGCUCAAGGAGGAGAAGAUGGCCUUUCAGAUGAGACUGCACCAGCAUUGA